CCACAGAGCGAGAGGGUGGACCCCUGGCGUUUGGCCAUCGACCGCCCCUCCGAAAAGCUCCUGGGCUUCCUCCGGAAACACUACGGCCUCGAAGACGCCAUCCCACAGGUGAACAACUUCGUCAUCUUCGAGGGCUUCUUCUCCACUCGCCCAGUUCCCCCCCGGCGCCUGCCCCCCAAGCGCCCCGAGGAGGAGAUCAAACCCUAUUCGUUAUCGGAGCACGACUUUCUCCGAGAAGAGGUGGAGCCUCCUUGGCCAUUCAACCUCAACCCCGGGCGCCCGGGGGGGUCUCCG